AUGACUGAUAGCGCGCCAAAAAGUACUGGAGGCGAGUAUGGUGCUAUGCGCGCCAAUAUCGACAUCAAGAAGCUCAAUACAUACCUGGAGGUCCAUGUGCCGGUUGUCACUAUUCCCGUACAGGUACAACAGUUCAAGUUUGGACAGUCCAAUCCCACAUACUUCCUGACCGACGCAAGUGCGACACGAUUUGUGUUGCGAAAAAAGCCAGCGGGUCAGUUGUUGUCCUCAACUGCUCACCAAAUCGAGCGCGAAUACCGCAUGUUAAGCGCGCUGCAUCGAUACAACAUCAGUCCAACCACAAAGCCAGAGCAGAUAGUCCCUGUCCCGCAACCUUUUGUCCUGUGCGAGGAUAGUAGCGUUAUUGGCACUCCUUUCUAUAUCAUGGAGUACCUCGAAGGGCGAAUAUUCACGGACACCAGGCUGCUGGAACUGCCACAGCAGGAUCGAAGAGAAUGCUGGCUCUCAGCUAUCCGCUCGUUGGCAGCAUUGGCCUCUCUCGACCCAUUCCAAUUAGGUCUCAAGAACUUUGGUCCUACGACUGAUUACUUCCCCCGUCAAAUCAAAUCUUUUACACGCAUAUCGGUUGCUCAAUCCCAGGCUAUAGAUAUCGAGACAGGAAAAGUAACAGGAAAUAUUCCGUAUUUUGAAGAAAUGGUCGGUUGGUACCAGAGACACCUCCCAGACGAGAGUAAAACUGGGCUGCGGAUUGUCCAUGGGGACUACAAGCUUGACAACAUGAUAUUUCAUCCAACAGAAAACCGGAUAAUUGGCAUACUGGACUGGGAGUUAUGUACUCUAGGUAGUCCACUUGCUGACCUCGCGAACCUUACCCAACCAUGGGCAAUCGACGCUCGUCAUAUACCCAAGGAUUCCCUGCUCACUGAAUUUACAAUCAUCAGGCCGUUCAAGAAUGCUACAAAAGAUGUCCCUAUACCCUUAGAAGACCUUGAGCGCGAGUACUGCAGGCUGACCAACCAAUUAUAUCCCAUUAAAGAGAUGGUCUUUGUCCGUAGUUGGGUACUCUUCCGGCUUGCUAUAAUAUCGCAAGGUAUUGCUGCCAGAUAUGCGCGGCGGCAGGCGAGCUCAGAAAAAGCUUUCCUUCACCCACAAUUCUUUCCUUUGGUUGGUCGGUUGGCAAAGUCGAUCUUAGAAGACGAUGGUUUCACUAUUGACAUAAAACCAAAACUAUAG